AUGCUUAAUGCAAUUCAUGAGGAGGAGAGUGCUAGAAGUCGGAAUUCACCGACUAAAUACAAUCCAUAAUCAAGUUAAAGGAGCAAUGAAUAAUCAAAUGAAGUCUAGUCUCCAUAUUAAUAGUAGCGAGGAAGUAAUAUAAACAUUAAAUCCUUCAUGUUAAAGCAUAUCAUGACUAUGUAACCUGUAAAAGAUAGACUGAGAUCAAGAAUGUAACCACUUUAAUCACCAUUAAAAUCACCACUCAAAUCGCCGUCAAAAAUUAGUAUUAGAAAUGACUCAAGUCGGGAAUUAACUCCUAUGAAUUAUAGAAAGAGUGCGUCUAAUUUUGCAACAUCCCCUUCUUUUUCCAGGCAACAGAAAAUGUAGCGCGUUAUGUCAUAGGAAGUGCAUGAAGAGGAAGAUGAUGAUAUUUUUGACCCGAAAUCUCUGUAUGAUUGUCCUAUGUUAGAUUUCAACGAAUACUAAAGUCCUUGGAAAACUCUUUUUCUUAGUCUAAUUUCACCUCACGCCAAUAAAUAUCAAGGAUACAUGAUUAAUAAAUUAAAGGACAUUAAAAAAAAGUCGUAAGUUAAAAAAUCCACGUCAAUUUUAAGAAAAGAAUCAUCUGGCAAUACUAAUUAUCUGAUUGGAAGUCCGCUCAAGUCUCUUAGCUUAACUCGACAAACUACACAACCAUAUAAAGAUUAAGAAAAAGGGGCCCCAGAAAAGAAAGAAUCAAAUAAUAAUAUUGAUCCAUCAGGUAUUUAAAAAUUUAGUCUUUAGAUAAAUCCAACAAAGAGAAGCUCAAGUAUCAUACUAAAUAAAUUUAAGAGCAGUGAAGCUAAUAGUGCUGCUAUAGACAAAGUGCGUAAGCUUCCUAGUUCUUCUAUUAGUUAAAAUACAUUGAAUUUUCAAAAUCUUCAAAAACUCAAUGAAAGAUCUGGGUCUCUUAAAAGAAUGGAUAGUUUAGUUUCUAAUGGUAAUUAAAGCAAGAGAGGAUCUAAUAGAUCUCAUUUUUCAAGAAGAAGCUCAAGAUACAGCAGCAAAGGUACAAUGAAUGAAAAGAAAAUUAGAAUGAUGAUUAAGAAUGGGAAAUUAAUAGACAAGUUUUAAGCUAAUUUAAGAAAAAGAUCUGGUUUUAAAGUAAUUGAAAAUCCAAUAAUCAAGAGUGUUGCUCCAAAGAAUCUAACAGAGUGGAAAAAGGAAAUUUUUAACCAUCAAAUACUAAAUGGAACUAUGUCCAAUAAAGCAACAUUAUAUCUUUAACAGUAGUUAAGAACUCAUAGAAUAGAUAGAUCUCUUUAAUUUUAAAACGGCUAGGUAGUAAAUAGAGAAAAAUACAAAGGCUUAUUUCGAUAAAAGAAGGAUAAUUUGUUCCAAGUACAGUCAAACAAUCAUCUUAGAUUAGCCUUAGAUAGCAAGAAGGAUUUGACUAAUUUACAGAAAUUUGAUAUUAUCACUGAACUUUGGGAUAUUAUGGAGGAGCAGGAGUUAAAGAAAAAAUUCGAUUGA